GUCGCGCGACAACGCGCGGAGCCGGCGGAAAUGGUGCUGAUGUCCCGCGGCGGGCCUGGGAGCCGCGAACACAGUCGUCCUCCCGGGCCCGCCGAACGCGGUGCUCAACCAAGUCCCUUCCCUACCGCCUGGGUACGCGGCCCGGGGGAUCAGCCGGGCCCCCGGCAUGGUGCUCAAGGCCUUCUUCCCCACAUGCUGUGCCUCAGCAGACAGUGGCCUAUUGGUGGGACGGUGGGUCCCAGGACAGAAUAGUGCUGUGAUCCUGGCUGUGGUGCACUUUCCCUUCAUCCCCAUCCAAGUCAAGGAGCUCCUGGCCCAGGUGCAGAAGGCUAGCCAAGUACAAGUGACUGUGCUAGGCACCUGGUGCCACCGUCAGCAGGAACCAGAGGAGAGCCUGGGGAAAUUCCUAGAGGGCCUGGGUGCCAUCUUCUCCCAUAAUCCCUGGUUGCAGCUAUGCCGGGAGAAGGGCACCAGAUUCUGGAGCUGCAAGGCCACUUACCAUCAGAUGUCUAGCACUCUGGACACACCCACUGAAGACCAGGUCAUGCUCAUUUUCUAUGACCAGCGCAAGCUGCUGCUCUCCUGGCUGCAUCCACCUCCGGUACUACCUGACUGCCAGAUUGGAGACAGCACAGCCAGCACUGGAGGCCUAGCUGACAUCUUUGACACAGUGGCACGCAGUGAGGUUCUCUUCCGAAAUGACCAGUUUGAUGAGGGACCUGUGCGCCUGAGCCACUGGCAAUCAGAGGGAGUGGAGGCCAGUAUACUUGUGGAGCUGGCAAAGCGGGCCUCUGGGCCUGUCUGCCUGCUGCUGGCUUCUCUGCUGUCCCUGAUCUCAGCAGCCAGUGCUUGUCGGCUAUGGAAGCUGGGGCCUCUUGCCUUCAUCAGAAGCAAGCUCUCCACUUGUGAGCAGCUCCAGCACCGGCUGAAGCACCUCUCAUUCAUCUUCAGCACCGAGAAAGCCCAGAGUCCCAUGCAGCUGAUGAGGAAGGCCAACAUGCUGGUUUCUGUGCUCCUGGAUGUGGCCCUUGGCUUGCUGCUGCUCUCUUGGCUCCACAGCAACAACCGGAUUGGACAGCUGGCCAAUGCCCUGGUCCCUGUGGCCGAUCGCGUGGCUGAGGAGCUCCAGCAUCUGCUGCAGUGGCUGAUGGGUGCUCCUGCUGGGCUCAAGAUGAAUCGGGCACUGGAUCAGGUGCUAGGCCGCUUUUUCCUGUACCACAUCCACCUGUGGAUCAGCUAUAUCCACCUAAUGUCCCCCUUUAUUGAGCACAUCCUGUGGCAUGUGGGACUCUCAGCCUGCCUUGGACUGACUGUUGCUCUGUCCAUCUUUUCGGACAUCAUCGCCCUUCUUACCUUCCACAUCUACUGCUUCUAUGUGUACGGUGCCAGGCUGUACUGCCUGAAGAUCUAUGGCCUCUCCUCGCUCUGGCGUCUCUUCCGGGGAAAGAAGUGGAAUGUUCUGCGCCAGCGGGUGGAUUCUUGUUCCUAUGACCUUGACCAGCUGUUCAUCGGGACCUUGCUCUUCACCAUCUUGGUCUUCUUGCUGCCCACCACCGCUCUGUACUACCUGGUAUUCACCCUGCUCCGGCUCCUGGUGAUCACUGUGCAGGGCUUAAUCCAUCUACUUGUAGACCUCAUCAAUUCCCUCCCACUGUACUCCCUUGGCCUUCGACUCUGCCGACCCUACAGGCUGGCAGCUGGUGUGAAGUUCAGAGUUCUGGAAAAGGAGGCAGGCAGGCCCCUCCGCCUCCUGAUGCAGAUAAACCCUCUGCCCUAUAGCCAUGUUGUGCACACCUACCGUCUGCCUAGCUGUGGCUGCCAUCCCAAGCACUCCUGGGGUACUCUGUGCCGAAAGCUGUUCUUCGGAGAGCUCAUCUACCCCUGGAGGCAGAGAGAGGACAAACAGGACUGAGGAGCUGGACACAGCCUGCUCAUAGCUACUGCAGCCAUCUCACCUCCUCUGCCAAGAUAGCACUGACCAUGGGGGUCAUCUCAGGCCCCACAUGGGCCAACCAAACUCUGCUAAAUGUAGGCAGGCCUUACCCUGCCAGCUUCACUCCUGCACUCUGGCUAGCACAGUGGUUCUCAACCUUCCUAAUGUUGUGACCCUUUAAUAUAGUUCAUGUUGUGGUGACCCUAACCAUAAAAUUAUUUUCAUUACUACUUCAUAACUAAUUUUGCUACUGUUAUGAAUUGUGAUAUAAUAUAUAUAUAUAUAUAUAUAUAUAUAUAUAUAUAUAUAUAUAUAUAUAUAUAUCUGUGUUUUCUGACAGUAAUAGGUGACUGCUAUGAAAGGGUCAUAUGACCCCCAAAGAGGUUGUGACUCACAGGUUGAGAACCACUGGUCUAGUACCACCUGUGUGGAGACCCACAUGGUUUUUGUAGUCGUUGCAGUGAGCCUGAUUCCUAGGAGCGCUCUGACUCCACUCCCUGGGAUAUGCCGGCAUGUCCUCUUGGCUGCUUUAUUGGGUGGGAGCCCUCCUGGGCCCCUGAUGCACUCCAGAAGCCUCAGCAGAGCAUUCCCAUGGGAACAGGCAGUUGCUGAUCCCCUGCCCCAGCGGACUAAUCCCUCACCCUGCACUUCAUGGGGUUCACUCGUGCUCCCUGGAGAUUGCUUUGUCAAAUCGCUGCUAAUAGGCCUGUGUGUACCCUUUGCUUCAAGUCACAUCAACUGGGGUGACUGGACACCUGCCAGCCUGGCUGCCCUAUUCUUGCUGAGUGCUCCAUGUGUGGAUAGGCCCUUUGGCAAAAUAUUCUUUCAUUUCUUACAUACUCCUUACGAGACCAGGCAGCUCCCUUCUGGACAAGCACUUCUGUAUUAUGUGAAUGACCUUGGGAAGGUGGAAUGGCCAGGGUUCCCUGACACUUAGUGAGACACCAUGUGAGCUAGUCCCUAGGGGCCAGGAAACCCCACUGCCUGAUGGUCUAGAAGUGUCUGCUGUGGGCAGGCAGGAGGGGGCAGCCGGCCCUGCCUGUCUCUCAGGGCAAUCGACCUCGGUUCAUUUGUGCCUGCUUCCUCUUGCUAUAGGUCACAGCCGCUCUUAAGCACCUAGUGCAGGGUUUUGGUGAAGAUGAAUCCUGAUCCUGUGGUGACAAUAAAACCUUAUGAAUCUGGA